UCAGUACCCCCUCUGCUCUCACACUCUCUUCUUCUCUCCUCCACUCUGUUAUUCUGUAACUCCACAUCGCACACAUUGAAGGCAGUCUCAGUCUGAAGAGGAGCUCCCACCAAGCAUGCUGCUUAAGAGGGUAUGCUUUGAAGUUGAAGAAAUUCCAGGAGUUUCCUGUAACAAUGUUGGAGUAUAAUGUGAACCAGGAGCCGUGGAGUAUUCCUCCUUAUCCCCAGUCAAGCCAAUCUGCUUGGGAGAGACAUCAUCACUUCAGCUGUCUGCUGCGUCUGCUUCAAGGCAUUUUCCCUGUGGAUUAUAAAGUGACCACCACCCCACCGAGGAUGUCUAGGUUGCUCUGUGCUCUGCUUGUCCUUAUGUCUCUGUGGAGUCACAGCCUAGAGGUGUCUGCCGCACGGCCAGGGAAGGGAAGACAUAAGACCAGACCCCAGUAUGAAGAACCUGCUGGUCUCCUGGCUCCGGAGGAUGAUCAUGGCGGAGCGGGAGACCAGCACAGUCCUGCAACAAGCCUUGACCCAGAACAGGAAUUCCUGGCUGAUUUUGCAGGUAAGAAACGUUUGUGGGUAAUCACGGCCCCGUCACACAGCGACAACUACCUCCGCAUGAUGGAGAAACAGAUCCAGGACAUGGAGCAGGAGGGGCUGAACUGCCGCCUGGCUGAGAGGGACACCUUCAUCGUCACCAUCAUCCAGAACGCCAUGAUGGAAGGCAGGAUCCAGAAGACCACCUUCCAAGGAGAGGCCACAAUGGAGAGCAUCGACUCAGACAUGGUCACCAAGCUGCUGCAUUACCUCGAGCUGGGGGAUCAAGGCUUCUCCAUGCUAGUCAUGAAGAAGAACCUGAGAGUGAGUGAGCGGUUCCCCUACCCUGUCCGUGUGGAGGCCAUCCUGGAGGUCAUUGAUCAGUUCCCUUUGCGCAAGCUGGAAAAACUCACCAGGAAGGGCUCCCCUCUGAAAUGUAAAAUCACCAAGAAGAGGCUGAUGAAGAAAAAGAUUCCUGUGAAAAAUAAGGUGUUCAGUCCCCAUAUGCAGGGAAACGUUACCUCUGUCACCCAGAGGAAGACCGUGGCCAAGAAGGCUGCACUAAAGAACAAAAUUCAGGACAUUCUCAGCGGUCGCUCCAGGUUCGUCAUUCGAAAGACGACCACUGAUUCAAAAGGAACACAAGUAUUCAUCGCAGGGAAGGCAAACUCCAAAGCUGCAGGAAAGGACAACCAAAAGAAGAAUGGAAAUGUUUUUACAGAAAUAAACACAUAUCCUUCUACUGUGGAGAUAAAAGAAAAACACACUGUAGCCAACUCUAAUGUUAAUAAACCAGAGAACGUUGGCGGGGGAGAAGAAUCCUUAGAGAAAAACAAAUCCCCCAAAAAAGGCAAGGGAAAGAAAGAUGGUAAGAAGGGGAAAGGGAGAGGGAGAGGGAAGAAAUCCCACAGAGAAGUGAAUGAGAACGAUAAGAAAGCACUGAUGGACUUUGUAGAGCAUUUGAAGGGGAAGAGAAGACUUAUGGUGAUAGCCACGCCCACUGUCAGCACACCUCAGUAUGUCCAGCAGAGGGAGGAGAACGAGCUUCAUUUCUGUGACCUCGCCCUAAGAAAAGUUACUAUGGCAACCAUCCUGAGCUCAGGGCCCAAUACCACCCUCACCCUCACCCUGCACAACUACCAACUUGAUUCUGAGCCGCCAUUCACCUCACUACCAGAGAAGUUCACUGACCCAGAUCUCAUCUCUCAACUGAUGAAGCAGUAUGGGAUGUCCUCCAAGGUUUUCUCCAUGACUAUGACUGACUAUGACCUGAAGCCCAAUGUAUUUGAUGUACCUCCACCCUCAUCUGCGCUGAUGGAAUAUGUUGACACCUUUCCAUCGCGACGAUCUGAAAUGGGGAGAGAGAGAAAAACUCCACUGGCCUGCUCCAAAUCCCAAGAACAGGGCGGGGCACUGCUGAGGUUCAUGUCUAAAAGGAGACUGCUGAUCAUCUCUACUCCAUCUGAGGACGACUACUCCUUCCAACAACAGCUCCAGGGGCUGAGAGGACAGGCCUGUCAUAUGGGCAUCCGUCAUUUUGCCUUGUUGAAGUUGAUCGGAACAGGACCAACAGUCUCAGGCUCUGUGGAACUGUUUCCACUCAAUGGAAAGAGCCAAACAGAGAACGAGCCUUUGUCACGGGACGUGGUCAAUGGUCUCCAGGACCAGCUGAAGAUCAACCGGGAGUACUUCAGUAUGCUGGUGGUUGGGAAGGACGGGGACGUGAAAGCCUGGUUCCCCUCGCCCAUGUGGUCUCUGGCCAAUAUCUAUGACCUGGUGGACUCCAUGGAGCUGCGGCAGCAAGAAGAGAAGCUGCAGAGGACUUUAGGUCUUCACUGCCCUGAGGACACUGGCAGUAGUUACCAAGGUUAUGAUGAGGAAGCAGAUGAGAGCUACCUUUACCACAGGUCAGAGGAGUAAAAGAGAGAAAACAGCCAAAAGGCCUCAAAGACCCCAUGGCAGCCAGCUCAAAUUAAUGUUAAAUGGUUGUGGGGAAAAGUUUGACAUAAUAACAGGUAGAAGCUUAACCAUUAAAGGCUUUUUAUUUGAAAUGUCUUCGCAAACUAGAUCCAUUUAUCAGAGGCGUAGCAUUUGUACUUUGAAAUGGCCAACAUUACAUAAAAUGAUCUACAAUUGAAGGGUUUCAUUCCAAAACGCUGUAUAUCCAUUUUCAUAAAUGUUGGCAAAUUAGCUUUUAUUGUUUAAAGAACUUAUGAAAGAGAUUGGUGUGUGUUUUCAAUAUCAUGGGGUUGUUCAAUGAC